AUGUCGGAAUGGCACCGACUCGGUGAGGCAUACUACCGCCGAACCGUGCUGUAUGACCUUGCAUGGUCGACCAGCCAUUUGGAUGGAUUCAUGGUGGCCAUGUCAAUGGACGCCGGGCUCAUUGCCUUGACUCGUGAUCCGCACCAGCUUGUUGCGGUCAGUGACAAUGCGUUCGAUCACAACAUCCAGAUAUUCACCGGCGCGGGCCAGCUUUUCGAGAUAUUGCGAUGGGAUGUGACGGCACGUAUCGUGGCUAUCGGAUUUACUUGGCACGACGAGCUCGUAGUCGUUUCAGAUGAUGGACAAGUGCGGCUGUACACGUGGCUCGUCCCAACCUACCAGCAGGACACGCCGUGCCUCGAGGCGACCCCGACGUCUUAUUAUCAUGCGUUUUCACUCGGCGACGAGGCGGCUGAAUACGGGAUCGCUCGCGUCCUCAUCCAACCACGUCGACUAUGGGCACUUCUUCGGAAUGGUAUGGUCGUGGACGCGUCUUUCUCUCACACAGAUGUGUGGCCCGACGAGGCGCCCACGCUGGAUGUGCAUGUGAUCCCGCCACUGUGCACAUCCAAGCCGCAUCUCUGUGCGUGGGCGCCCAACCACCAGCAACUUCUUUUAUGCACAGACACAGGUGCCUGGGCGCUGGAGCAGGAGCACUCGUACGCGUCCCUGCCCGUUACGCAGCCCAUACUCGGUGCCAGCUACAGCCUGCAGGGCAAAUACGUCGCAUGGCUGGAUGAGCAUCAGCAGCUGCAUGUGGACACAGCUGACUUUUCGCGACAGCUGCGCACGUACGAUCUUCGAACGUCACAAGCGUACCAGGCGGCUCCGAUGGCGCUGCGUGCGGGACCCCUUCUCGAUGACGACAGCUUGUUCGGCCAAAAGCUCGAUAAAGGCGGCCUCGGCGGAUCAGGCGUCUAUGCCAUGGCAUGGUGCAAGGACAAUGCUGUAGCACUUGCUAUGUAUGAGCACAUACUCUUGCUGGGACCGUAUGAAGAGCCCUUGGUAUUCCAUGUGCGUGGCAUUCCCCAUAUUUACAGCAGCCCCGAUGGUCUGCAUGUGGUGCACAUCGAUGCACAUGAGCAUAUGGCACUGGCUGAGGCUCCGACAUUGGCCGCACUUCGGCCUGGCUCGACACACACCGCGGCUAUACUCCUCGAUGCGUCCCGAAUGGCUCAGCAGCAUAGUCCGCAAGCCUAUGAGGCUGUGCGAGCCAUCCAAGACAGCCUUGAAGAGGCCGUUCAAGCAUGUAUCGAGGCCGCGACGCUGGAAUGGCAUGCAUCUACGCAGCAAGCGCUCCUCCAAGCGGCGCUGUUCGGCCGCACCUUCCUUGAUACAUAUGAUCCAGCGCGCAUGCUUCAAGUGUCUAGCAUGUUGCGCAUCUUGCAUGCGGUACGCAGCCCGUCUAUCGGCAUUCCUGCUGCGUAUGACGAGUCAGUUUCGUUGAUCUUAUACCGUCUCGCCUCGCGAAACCAACACAAACUCGCGGUGCAAAUCUGCACGUUCCUGGGCAUCCGUGCUGACCCCGUGCUCAAGCACUGGCUGCGUGCCAAGGUGGCACGGGCGCGUCCUAUCCGGGGAAAUGAGCAACUCGCGCAUGUCAUCAUGGACAAGUUCCAGGCAGCCAGCGCCGUGAACUACGCGGACAUGGCGCGAUGUGCAUGGCAAGCUGGGCAUCCAAAGAUCGCGACCCUUCUGCUUGAGCGAGAAGUGCGUGCUCGAGAGCAGAUCCCAUUGCUGCUGCAUAUGCGGGAGCAUCGCCUGGCUCUUCACAAGGCGGUGGAAAGCGGCGACACGGAUUUGGUGUUCCAGGUUCUCUUCGCCCUGCAACGCACAUUAGCUCGUGGCGCCUUAUUCCGUACGGUCCAGUCACUCGUAUGGACCGAAUCAUCACCGACUCCAUGGGCCAUGGGCCUCUGCCCACCCGCUACGCCUACCUACACCGACUUGGCGCCUCACCUGCUGGUGUCGUAUGCACGUGAUCAAGAUCCAGGGAUGCUGCACGACUUUUUCUACCAGGACGACCGGCAUGCAGACAUGGCGCUCAUGUGCAUGGAUGAGGCUCAGCGCAUGGAUGUCUCCUCACGAGCCGAGGCUUUGCGACGUGCUCAGCGUCACUUUGAUGAGGAUCGUACGUGUGCAUGGCCUGCACGGCUCACCGGCGAGGCAUGCUCCCUGCUCGGCCUCCAAGCGGCCAUCAAGUCCGAGGGCGGCGGGGACCUGGAAGGCGCGUCUCUCUAUGCCACGAUUCUGGCGUGCUUAGAGAAUCCUGCCUUGGAAUAUCGCGCCGAAAAGCUUCAGCAUACCUUCAGUGUGCCCAGUUCACGAUACUAUGGCCUGCGUGUGCGAGCCUAUAUCAAAACGCGCAACAUACAUGCUCUUACACGCCUGGUGAGCUCGCAAAAGCCACCACAUGGCUACGUAUAUAUUGUACGCGCACUCUUACAAGCAGGUCUCGUGGACGCGGCUUGUACUUUUGUCGCGAAGGGUGCUUCUGACAGGUCAAGCAAGCAUCGCUUGCUCGCGUAUAUUGAGCGUGGACCGCACCCACCAUCUGUGCGCGAGGCUCUGCAGGGUGCGUUGCCGUAG